AUGGCGCGAGAUGCUGGACUCUCACGCGUGGACAAUGAAUUUGAUACGAAGUGCUGCAAAGCUGUCACCAUCCAACAAGUCGAUUCGUCUGCUUUCUCAACGUGGAUUAGGCAGAUGGAGGAUUCUGAAAUGCCGAGUCGGACGCCGUCACGGAUGGACGGAAAAAUGCCCUGCCAAAACGAAGCUGACAUGAGUGGUGUCCCCAUAUCCAAGGUCCGCGAGCAACUCCGCCGCGUCGUCGACGAAGACAGCUAUGCGCCGCACUACGUGCCAAUCGGCCCUUACCACCGCAGCCGCUCGUCUCCAUGGAUCGAGAAGACGAAGAAGCUCUCUGCCGGCUUCCUGCAAAGCCUGUCCGAGGAACAUACGGAAGGUGGCCUCACGGGCGUGAUGGAGAAGCUGGAGCCCCUCGCAAGGGAGCUCUACACCUCCGGCGGCGGGCUCGGCGACAUGACGCCGGAGCAGUCGUCGAGCAUGCUGCUGCACGACGCGUGCUAUCUUCUCCUCUUCUUCGUCGACUACAUGUCCGGCAACCGCGCUCCUCCAGCUCCAGCUGAUGACUAUGAACAUCCGGUCAGCCGCAACACCUUGGUACGCGACGCCGUCUUCCUCCGCGAGAACCAGAUCCCUUUCUUCCUCCUCCAGGGUAUCCACGAGCGUGUCACGGGAGGCACCACCUCCGUCCUCGACUACAUAGCCAUGCCCAUCCAGGAGCUACUGCAGCAGCAGCUCUUCAUCAGCAGGAAGCCCCGGCCGCCGCCGCCGACGUGUUCUCACCUGCUACACCUCGUGCACGCCUACUUCCGUCCCACGCUACAGCCGACCAAGAGCGCGGCCAUGUGCGGCACCGUGGUGACGGGCCGGUGGCGCCGGGCGGCAGAGUACAGCAGGUACGCCAACGUUCGGCUCAUGCGCCGGGACUUCCAGGACGGCGUGGAGUCCUCUGUCUUGGACGUGCAGCUUGAACGAGGCACGCUGUGGAUCCCUCGCCUGCGUAUCGACAGCAACACGUGGACGAUCCUUCGCAACCUGAUGGCGCUGGAGGAGCAAGCACACCGGAGGCCGGUCACGGCGUACUGCCUCUUCAUGUCGCAGCUGGCCUGCACGGCGGAGGACGUCCAGCUCCUGCGGAGGGCAGGGAUCGUCGACCACUUCCUGGACAACGACGAGCAGGUCUCUAAAGACUUGGCUGGUCUCUGCAACGGGGUGGUCAUCGACAUCGACGACCUGGACAGGAACUACCUCAAGCCCAUGUGGCACCAGCUAGAGAACCGCUUCUACAACCGUGCGAAACGACUCAUAGGGGCGUUCCGCCACGGCCAGAGCUGGGAGAUCACUGCGGCGUUCCUCAUGGCUGUCAUCGUCAUCGCAUGUCAAGUGAUGCAAACGUUCUAUGCAGUUGCUCGCGGUGGACACUAG